ACACGUGCACAUCCUUUUCCAAUUUAGGGAAGUUCCACAUGGUCGCGACCUUGCUUGCUGUACUUUCAACCUUCGCAAAAAUGGCAGACCAGAACAAGGAACGCACUUUUAUCAUGGUGAAGCCUGAUGGAGUCCAGCGUGGACUUGUUGGCGAGAUCAUGAAGCGGUUUGAGAACAGGGGAUACAAGUUGGUGGCCUGUAAAAUGUGUACGCCAACCAAGGCACAUUUGGAAGAACACUACAGAGAUCUGAAGUCCAAGGGAUUCUUUGCUGGACUCAUUGAAUACAUGUCUAGUGGACCUGUUGUCGCCAUGGUGUGGGAAGGUAAAGAGGCUGUGAAGAUGGGACGAAUGAUGUUGGGAGCCACCAACCCUCUCCAGUCCAACCCAGGGACCAUCAGAGGGGACUUCUGUAUUGAUGUCGGCAGGAACAUCUGCCACGGAUCAGACAGUGUGGAAAGUGGCAAACGAGAAUCUGAGCACUGGUUUAAGGAUGGUGAAAUCCAGGAGUGGAGCCCUGCACAGUCCAAAUGGGUUUACGAAUAAACUAUUUGCACAAUAUUGCUGAUAACACUCCAGUCCACUCCGUCUUGUAACAAAAUCUCAUUUUAGAUGUUUAUAUUGUCACUCGAACUGCAAUAAUUUUAUUUAACUCCUGACAAACUACAACAAGUGUUGUGUACGUGCAAUUUCAUGAUGACAGUUGUGCUAUAUGCAGUUGAACUGUUUAGACAUUGUCAAUGUGAUAUUAUAUUUAAGCAAACAUAGUGCUAUUUGUUGUGUUUUUCUCCAUCUUGACUCUUCAGCUUAAUAAAAUCUCAUGCUGAA